UCCGCGGUAUCUUCUCUUCGCUCGUUUCUCCACUCCAUUAUUUAAGAAUUUUUGUAUUUUCAGACUUUAGAGUGUUAAAUGCCCUGUGUAUUAUUUGAUAACCUUUAACUUAUGAAUGAGAGUGACGGUGAAUCAGCCACAGAAAACACCAAACUGAUGACGUCAUUUGUCAACAGCCAGUAUUCGAAGACAGAUAGCAGCCUGCAGUCCAUCCUGGCCAGCGGAAGGGACAGGAUGCCCCAGUCUGUGUCUGACCCCUCGGUGGGGGGUCGCAACGAAAUGUAUUCGCCGGUAAGGAAUCAAGCAAAUGGACCGGUGGACACAGAAGUAUCCUUCCGAGAUGGUGAAACUGGGCAGGCCCUUGCAGAUGGCUCGACAGGUGGCGCUUGUUUUGUCGGAAGACCUCCCCCGAGGCCCAACAUGCAAUCGUGGGAUGAAGAAGAGGAGGAAGAAUUAAAGUAUGGUGCCAAACAUGUGAUCAAACUUUUCAUUCCUGUUUCUUUGUGCAUGCUGGUUGUUGUUGCCACCACAAGUUCAAUUACCUUUUAUACUCACACCAACACGUAUCUAGUCUACACACCUUUCACUGAUCAGACAGUAGAUACACCAACAAAAGUUUGGCAGUCUUUUGCAAAUGCUUUCAUAUUGAUGGGCGUCAUUGUUUGCAUGACCAUUUUGCUGAUAUUCUUGUAUAAAUUCCGGUUUUACAAGGUUAUUCAUGGAUGGCUGAUUGUUUCAUCAUUGAUGCUGCUAUUCCUGUUUGCUUAUAUAUACUUAGGGGAAGUAUUGAGAGCAUAUAACAUUCCAAUGGAUUACAUCACAGUAUCCAUAAUCAUGUGGAACUUUGGUGUGGUGGGAAUGGUUUGUAUUCACUGGAAAGGACCGCUCAUUCUUCAACAAGCUUAUCUGAUCCUAGUUUCUGCAUUGAUGGCUUUGGUCUUUAUUAAGUACCUACCUAAUUGGACAGCCUGGGUUGUCUUAGGUGUUAUAUCUGUUUGGGAUUUGAUUGCUGUGCUUUGCCCAAAAGGACCUUUGAGAAUAUUGGUUGAAACUGCGCAAGAAAGAAAUGAGCCAAUAUUUCCAGCUCUCAUUUAUUCAUCUGCGAUGGCUUGGAUUGUUAACAUGAGUGACACUGACCACACCGUUAGAAACAGACGAAAUUCUGGAGAAAAUGCAAAUGCAACCAAUCAAGGAGACAUUGCAUCUGCUCAGGGGGAUGAGCCUCCAGAAGAAAAUGAACCUUUUGAUGGCAACGGAAGCAACCAUUCCUCGGAGAGGAUCAGGAGAGCUUCCGGGUGGCCCCCUGGUGGGGACAGGAACCACAUGAUGCCUCCUCAGAGUGAGGCUCACGAAGAAGAGGAAAGAGGUGUAAAGUUAGGUCUUGGAGAUUUCAUAUUUUACAGUGUGCUGGUGGGUAAAGCAUCUUCUUAUGGUGAUUGGAAUACAACUCUUGCUUGCUUUGUUGCAAUUUUAAUUGGCUUAUGCUUAACUUUAUUACUUUUGGCCAUAUUCAAGAAAGCCCUUCCUGCCCUUCCAAUUUCGAUUACUUUUGGAUUGAUCUUCUACUUCACUACUAGUUCCUUGGUGCAGCCUUUUGCAGACAGUCUGGCUAGUGAACAAGUUUACAUUUAAGUUAUUAACAUUUCAGUGAUGGUUUAUUUUUUAGCUUGACUGGGGCAAGUGUAAACCUAUUCAUGCUCUGUAUAUAUAUCAUCAUCUGUUUCGUGUUUUCUUUUGCCUUUUUUUUUCAUCAUUUAUUGAAAUUGUUACUGUGUGAAGAUGUUUUUUGUAUUUAUAAUUAUUAAAAGAUAUACGUGGUGCAUAUUGAAUCGAUCAGCUUCAUGAUGUUUAUUACUGCCUUAUGUGUAUUUAUGUUCAUAAUAAAACUGCCCACUUUUUAAAGUCAGUUUAUUCAUCUGUCGUCUAUGUGAUACAAAAUCAUGUGAUAAAAUAAAACUGAAUUGAUAUUAAUUAUUUAUUAGAAGGGUCCGACGAACUCCUGGCAACUGUAAACAAUGGCAACUAGAUCUUUCAGAGCAAGAAUAUUUCAGAUGCCUGUUACACUGAAUUCUCUAUAAACUGUGGGGAAUACUUUGUUUUACAUUUUUCCUGGCUUUUGAGGUUUUGACAAUAUUUUUUGAUUUCUGCUUAUAAAUUGUUCUAAAAUUUUUCUUAUUAUUUACAAUUAGUUCAAUUUUAAGAGGAAUGAUCCUGAUUUUUCUGUUAUGGAAAUAAAAUAUGAAUUUGGUUAUGUUUUCAGCAGGUUUUUAAAUUUAUAAUUUUGUGAUGAAUAAAAUUUGCUUUACGCAAUCUUUU